AUGGACUUUUUUGACAGUCACUACUACAAAGGGAUGAAGGUGUUGCUGUGCUUGAUAGGUCGCUGGCCGUAUCAAACUCGCAAACAAAGGGUGGUGAUGACCUCAGUGGUUUCUACCUUCUGGUCUUACACAAUGUUUCACCGAAUGCUGGUCUAUAAUCACUAUGAUAAUUAUUCAAGUAAACAAGAGGUAGUUAUAGAAACAAUUUCACCGCUGUUAGUGGAUUUUAUAUGCUUGGUGAAGUAUAUUACUACUUCCUUCAAAAUGGAUACUAUUUUAGGUCUGUUGGAACAUAUCAAAGAGGAUUGGAAAAUUUACUCUGGAGAAGAGAAAAAAAUACUUGAAUACUACGUUAAUUUGGGAAAAAUUUUUUCGAUUGGUUACGUAGGUGCCGUGUACAUGGUGACAAUUUUGUUCAUGACAGAGCCGAUAGUUGAACAAACAUACUUCAAAAUAUUUAAAAAUAUAACUAUUCCUAAAAGGUUUUCAAUUCCGACCUAUUGGGAAACGCCAGAUGUUGAAAAAAAUUUUUAUUAUUUAAUUUCAUUUCAAACUGUUAAUACUAACUUCAUUAUAAGCAUCACUUGCGCAAGCGACGCAAUGUUUGUUAUUUUGUUGCAACAUGUUACGGGGCUCUUUUCGAUUACAGGAUAUCUGUUGGAAAAUAUACCAAUUGAAGAUCUUAAAAUUCAAAAUGGAUCUAAAAAGGUGAAAGACAUAGUAUAUAAACAUUAUGUUUAUUGUAUGAAAAGCCAUAAAAGAGCAUUAGAAUUCGCUGAAAAUCUCGAGUCCAUUUACGUCUGGUGUUUUGGAAUGGUGAUACUUAUCAACAUGUGUGUAAUGAGCAUAACUGCGAUGCAGCUUACUACUGGCGCGUCAAAUGUAUUGCAAUCACUAAAAUACGGAACAUUUGCAGGCGUGCAAUUGCUGCAUCUUUUUUUCUACUGUUUUUUGUCACAGAAACUUUUGAGCAGCAGUUCGAUGAUACGUGAAUGCGCGAUGAAUGGAAAAUGGUACCGUUGUUCAAUAAAAGCCCAACGGCUGGUAACGAUAAUAAUAAGGAGAAGUCAAACUCCUUGCCAACUUACUGCGGGAAAAGUUCUUGUGAUGUCAAUGGAGACUUUUACAUCGAUUGUCAAAACAUCUGGGUCGUACUUCACAAUGUUGGUACAAAUGCGAAAUGUG